CGAGGAACAAGGGCGUGACACUAGACAAACUUGUGGCUCUUGAAUGCCGUAUGGCAUAGAUCGUCUUGUAAACAAGACUAACUCCAAGUUGUCUAUACCAUCUAGGCAAUGUCUAGUCCUAAAACAGAUGCCUAGGAAAACUUGGUGCUCUUGAAUGCUGCAUGACGAUUAGGGGAUCAUUGUCUCCUGCACCUGCACUAUGGUGAGUCAAUAUGGAAACCAGAGUUAGUCAUCCUUCUCUCUCUCCUUUUUUUGUUUGAGCGUCAGAUCUCUCUCUCCGCAGAUCCACUCGCCUAAGCUCGAGUCAGGUGCACGCAGCAGCAAUGUUGCACUUGAGCUCCGUAUUCGCAAUCCUGCCCUUGGCCGUGGCGGUGCUGCUCUACGCUCCCCGCACUGAGGCGUCGGUGCAUGAGUACGCCGGCGAGAAGUUCGUCGGAAAAGGAAAUGCCUUCGUUGUUCACGGAGGAAGUGAGGGGAUUUACUCUUCCGCACCUGCUCUCAACGAGUCCUCCCCCGGAGACUCUUUUAUUCGAUUUGAAAAGAUCACAUUCCGAAGGCCUCUGGAUCUCUCCAACUUCAGCUCGGAAUCAAUUCAUGCAGUCGUGUUCGAGGUUGACGACCGAGAAUUAAUUGGAGGCUCGGCAUAUGGAGGUCAACGAGCCGUGUGCUGCACAUCAGAUCUUGCAAAACUUGGAGUCUGCAAGCAAGGUCAGAUCAUUCACCGCCUGUCGACUAACAAUCCAAGAUGGCCUCAAAUAUUUGGUGCCUCGUUUGAAAUUGACGCGUUGGAGACCACCCUGCAGCCGAGGUCCAUACAGAUCACUAAAACUGGAAUGUACAACCUUUACUUCAUUCACUGUGACCCUAAUCUCAAGGAGAUUUAUGUAGAGGGCAAAACCGUCUGGAAAAACCCAACAGGUUACUUGCCUGGCCGAAUGGCUCCCCUCAUGAAGUUUUAUGGGUUCAUGUCCCUUGCAUUCGUGCUGCUCGGGAUAUUCUGGUUUUCCCAGUACGCGAGGUUCUGGAAAGAGGUUCUUCCUUUGCAGAACUGUAUUACGCUCGUGAUUACCUUGGGUAUGUUUGAGAUGGCUUUUUGGUACUUUGACUAUGCCGAGUUCAAUGAGACUGGAGUGAGGCCGACAGGGACCACUCUAUGGGCUGUCACUUUUGGGAUAGUGAAACGUACUGUGUCGCGACUGAUUAUUCUCAUUGUGUCUAUGGGUUAUGGUGUGGUUCGGCCCACGUUGGGUGGUCUUACGUCCAAGGUUAUUUUGCUCGGUGGGACUUUCUUUGUAGCAUCUGAAAUUCUUGAGAUUAUAGAAAAUGUUGGCACGAUCAGUGAUCUCUCGGGGAAGGCAAGGCUGUUUUUUGCGCUUCCUGUGGCGAUUUUGGAUGCUUUUUUCAUCCUCUGGAUAUUUACUUCCCUCUCUUCGACUUUAAACAAGCUUCAGGCUAGGAGAAUGACUGCUAAGUUAGAUGUUUACAGGAAGUUCACGAAUGCAUUAGCCGUUGCAGUAAUUGUGUCUGUUGGUUGGAUUUGCUAUGAGCUCUAUUUCAAGUCAAAUGAUGUUUACAAUGAGCAAUGGCAGAAUGCUUGGAUCAUUCCUGCCUUCUGGCAAGUCUUGUCAUUCUCUCUCUUGUGCGUCAUUUGUGCUCUUUGGGCCCCAUCACAGAACUCAAUGCGAUAUGCUUACUCUUCUGAAGAUGCCGGUGAAGAGUUUGACAAGGAUGAGACACUGACACUCAUAAAACCAUCUCCAUUGGUCUCAAAGGAUGUAAGAAUUCCUGAACAGAGGUCAGCCGAGAGUGGCAAUGGUAUACCUCAUGCUGAUCUUGAACAAGAAAAAACAGCAUAAAAUUAAAACAUCGUAAAAUUAUGUGUGACCAAAAAUAUUAUUAGGAUACUUUUGUUACCAUUGUCUUGUAGAAAUUCAAAUUACUGAAGGUGGGAAGAGGAGAUAGAAAGCAUCAGGAUUGAAAGUUUGAAUACGAUGUGGAUGUGUUAGAUUUCACUCUCAUUUCAGUGUGUUCUUUCCUAUUGCCUUUUGUUUUAUCUAUAGUUGUUCCAUAUAUAUAUUGAUUGGAAUUUAAUUAUAACCUUAGCAUCAAUGGUUAAAGGCUUAAUUAUUUACAAGUUAAUUUAGUAACAUUUAUUUCAUAAUUAAAAUCUAACUCGACUUUAACUUAAUUCCACUAUCUUUAAUAUUAUUCAUAUAAUUAAAUAAUAUAAACCAACUAUUGUUACAUAGCACA